UAGUCUCCAGAACCUCCGUAAAAUGCAUCGGUGCUCACAACCCAGUCUGUACGAACACACACGUAGCGUAUAUCUCGAUAGCGAAUUACUGUACAUACUCUAAUAGGCCGUACCCCAUGUCGGGACACUGUUCAAUUAGUAAUAGAUAGAUGACAACUGUACUGUCCAGGGUAUAUAAUGUACAAGACACCCCACACAUCCGUUGCUAACAUCCUUCAAUAUGGACUCUGGCUCACGCUUCUGUUCGCCACACUAUGGCUUUGCGCGCGGACUCGGCUGUUUUCCCUGGUCGCGUUGAUGGGUGUCGCAGGGGUCCGUCGUAAUAGCCCGUGUGGGCCAUCUUCACCGAGCCAGCUCACUGUCCGUCUCCGGCGCACAGACUCGGGAGUAGAUGCAGGCUCGUGUUCAGGGUCUCGAGAGUGAGGUCGAGACACGUCGUCGCGAGGUGGCGAGCCGAGGAGUAGGGCGCGCU